AUAUUGUCUCUUGUAGUUCCUUCUGUGGGCAUUUUGAGUCAAGAAGUCAACCGUUCUGAUAACUACAGAUCAGAUUCCUAAAGCUGCAAGAAAAAGAUAACAAUUUUCAGUCAGUCACAUCAGAGCUGCUGCCCAUUCCAAUCGAUUGUGAAGAGGUGCACUCCAGCCUUCAUUGGGUUCACUCAUUGUGAGCUCUUUUCGCUCGUCUCUCUAACACAGUGGACGUUUGUGUUUUUCUAGAGGACCUCCAAGCUAUUUGCCCAGGAGCGAAAGCACUGUACCCAGCAGUUUACAGAUGGCAGAAGUGAAGUCGAUGUUCCGAGAAGUCCUUCCAAAACAAGGGCAGUUGUCUGUGGAAGAUGUAACCACAAUGGUGCUGUGUAAACCCAAGCUUUUACCCUUAAAAUCUCUGACUUUGGAAAGACUGGAGAAAAUGCAGCAAACAGCACAGGACACAGUUCGCCAACAAGAAAUGGCAGAAAAAGACAACCGGCAAAUAACCCACUAGCCACUCCCGCUUUAAAGAAUCCCUAACUGUUCAGUGACUAGAACUAUUCUGCAUCUGUAGGCUAAGGAAUCCUAACUGUUCAGUGACUAGAACUAUUCUGCAUCUGUUCAGUGACUAGAGACUAUUCUGCAUCCGUAGGCUAAAAAUGCUUAAACUGGUCAUUCCAAACUUAAAACAGAAAAUUCAGGUGUUUAAACAUUGGUUUGUGUUAAGAGAAAAACUUUGAACCAGGUUUUACGGAAUUUUCAAAGUUUUUAAAUUAUAAAUUUCUCACCUUGUUUAUCGCACCUAUUGUUAGGAGUGUAAGAAAUUAAAUGCGUCUUUUGUGGAUGAAGGAUUUCUUUAUGUUUAUUAAACACCUGAAUCUGAAAAUAAACUCUUACUGUGAACAUA